AAACUGCAUUGUUGGUUAAGGGCUUGUAAGUAAGCAUUUCGCUGUAAGGUCUACCUACACCUGUUGAAUUUGGCGCACGUGACAAAUAACAUUUGAUUUGAUUCAUUACCAUACAAAGGAAACGUCAUUCGUGUCGCUGGCAGAAUACUAGUCUGACCCAGAAGACCCGAACGUAUCCGGAAGAAAGGUAUCCUAGCAACGAAUAUGUUGGCGGAGUUCUUUCGGCCCUUCGUCCUUUGAUUAUAACUGCAGCGAGACAGUACGGGAAAAUAUAGAAUUUCUUUCGAACCGCAUUGCUGCGGAUAGUUUGGAGAGGAGGCGCAAUGGAGAGACGCAACGUCAAGAUAGGAUGUUCAAUGCUAAAGUUAGAACAAUUAGGAUAAAGUGGCUCUUGAAUCCCAAGUGAAUGAAAGAAAGAAGAAGAGGCAGAGUCACUAAAAGCAUAUGCUGCAGAAGCGGUGUGUAACGACAAGGCCGCCUGUCUACUUAAACAACGCCAACUCAAGGAAGAGCGUCUGCUGCAGGGAGCCAUAGAGGACUUCUGGCUGAACUUCCAGCCGCGGUGUAGCCGGCGUGAGUAUGACUUAAACAACCCGGACAAAGUUAUGAAUCAGGACGGGAUCCAGAUGCUGCCGGGGCUUGUGGGUGAGGACCCAGACAGCCAGGGGAGGCUGAAGAAGCAGCAGGAGCAGCUCAGAGAGUGGUCCGUCCAGCAGCAACAUGAGCUGGCCACAGCACGACACCAGCAGAGACUGGAAGAGCAACAGUAUGACCAGGACAGAGUGGACCUGGACAUCCAAGCUCUCCAGCUCCAGAAGAUCGAGGAAGAAAGGAGGAGAUCUGCAGCCCUGGCUACAAAAGAUUUCAAUCUGGCAAAGGCAGCAGAGAAUGCAGAGAAGCAGUGGAAAAAGUGGCAGCAGGAGGAGGAGGACAACAGGACAGACAUCCUAAAUCAGCUUCAGGGGGAGCUGCUGAGUAAGAGCCAGGAGCAGGGCAUCAGUGUGCUGGGUCUACCCCACCUCAGGGCUGACAGUUGCAAGGGCCUCACAAACGAGCAGCUGCAGCACGUCAUCGACUGCCAUCAGCAACGGAUAGAGGAGAAGAGUGUACAUCUGCCACAUCUAUCUGUCUGUCUCUUUUGCCUGUUUUGGGAUGUCUGCGUUGAGCAGUCAAAGAUAUUUUCAUUUGACAAUUUAACACUUCUAGAGGAAAUGGGGUGGAUAGCAUCAACCAUGAAUGCAGACCAGGCUGAGCAGCAGAAGGAGGCGCUCCACCACGACCGGUUCUGUGUGACCUCAGCUCGCACCGCCCUACUACUGGAGAGGCGGCAGGCCCGCAUCAACAAGCAGCUCCGUCGCACCCUGAAUAGCGCCAAUGCACAGCUGUCUGAGGCCCACCGUGAACAGAAAAAGUACUUGGAUAAUGUGUACACUAACAUCCCAGAUGACAGUUACUUCUCCCAGUUCAACACCAGCAGUCGAUAAAGGUUAACAGGGUCAUGCACUAUUGGAGAGAUACAUUUAUUGUCUAUGGAAAUAAUAAAUGAUUUGUAUCACAGCAAAGAAAGUAUAAUGGUAAUAAUCUGCUGUUUUCUUUCAAUUUACUCAAAACGUUUUCACUACUUACCAAAUACAAUCAAAAAUCUUCAUAGAGAAUUGUGUGUCCAUGCUUAAGCCUACUGUUCUACAUUAAUGUCAUAACGUGUAUGUGCCUAAUCAGAAUGCUAACGUGUGUACCUUGUUAAAAUAGGUAUAAUGAAUGAAAUGUAGCUAAUUUCCAGACUAAAUCUGAAAAAGAAAAAACAUGACCAUGUUCUCCAUUAAAUCCCAUAACAAAAUCAUGUUUGCUUUCUUAAAUACAUUAUCGGCCUCCAACACAAUUAAAUAAAUCAAAGACUAGCUGGUCAGUUUAUACAGUGUAAGCAUUUUCACACAGUGCACCUUAUGCCACUAUUACCAUAUAGAGCCUCCCUGAAUUCGCAAUUAAAAUGCAAAUACAAUCUUCCGCAACAGAAGAAAAAAAAAUUGUCAAAUGCCU